ACCUUCAUCUGACAAUAUCACCAGGCAAUUCAUCUUCUUUCACAAUUAACUUGAAAGAAGGACAAUUAUUACUAGAUACGGUCAGGAAUUUUAUGGAUGAAAACAAUAUACCGUGUUACUUGGAAGUAUCGAUUAUGUCAGUUAUAGAAUCGUUGAUGAAAGAGAGUUGGCGAACAAAUUUGGAAAGGGAUGCGAAAAUCAAUGAUGAAUCUAGUGCAAAGCUAAUUCAAGAAGAACUUAUUGCUAAAUAUCAAAAACAUACAGUUCGAUUCAAUGACGGUCCUUUAGAAAAUCUUUUCUCCAAAGCCUUUCAUACUUUAGUUCAUUCUCCCAUCCCCUCUAUGUUUGAUAUCUUGUUGCAGUUGGAACAAGAUUACAAAACUUCAAUCAAAGAAAUGAUGGUAACGCGUGAAAAAGAAAAAGCAGAACUUGACGAAAGUCGCCAAAAAGAGUUAGAAACCGCUGCUGAAUCUGUUUCAGCUAAUGGUUUUCAAAAGUUAAUUGAAAUGCAUGUCGAGGAAUAUGAAUUUAAUCAAGCUGCAUGGGAGAGCGAGCUUGAAGAAAUGCAACGAGCUCAAAAAAGCGAAUACUGGGAUUUUGUAUUUAAGCUUUAUGAAGAACAUCAACGGCGUGUGGCAGAACAGCUGUCAUCCACUGAUCCAACAGGUGUGCAUCGGUUGGAUGGAAAAGAGAUAGCAUCGGUAGUCAUAGCCGAUAUGAAAAAAGAUAAAAAAAAAGUGUCCAAAGAGCUUUCAAGGCUUGUACAAGGAAACCCGACACGUAGUCGUCCUGGUAGUCGCCCUGGUAGCCGUCCUUGCAGUGUUAGUUCGAUGUCAGAAGUGAUUUUAUCGACAGGAUUGAUAACUCCGCAAUCUCCUAUGUUUGCAAGUCCUUCUGAUGAAAAGAAAUCUCCAUUUUUUCCACCAGAGGAUGAUCAUGUCUUACAAAUAAGAGAAAUGGGUUUUAGUAGUGAACAAGCUAAAGUCGCGCUCGAAAUGACCAAUGGAGUAAUGGAACACGCUGUUGCCCUUCUUAUUGACCAAUCAGGCAAAGUUGACGCACAAAUAGCACAACGCCGUCCUUCAGUUCCCAUGAUUUCAUCUACAAAAGACACACCGGUUCCACACAGGCGUUCAAAGUCUAAUAGUAAACCAUUAGUCUUAUCCGUGCUUAAGCAAGAGAAGAAAAACGCAUGGUCUCCAAUGGCAUUUUUACAACAAAAGAAUGGAGUGAUGACGGCCCAAAAUAAUUCUUCAAUGAGAAAGUUUAGUGGAUGGAUAGGGAAGGCCAUGGAAAAUUUUGGUCUUGAAGAUGAUGAAACUCCUCAGAGACAUGGUCCGAUAAUGCAAUUUGAUGACGAACAUCAUCAACUCGUAGAGUCAUUUACAAUUUCGCUCGGUAAUCAAGUGAAAUCGACACAUAACCUUCGUCUUUUGGCAUCUGAUAUUGAUGACAUGCUUAAGUCUUCCAAUGACGAGGCACGUGGUACAGCAUAUAGGGCACAAACUGCUGCUAAUUUGUAUUCGCAAGAUUUGACGGCAAUUGUUUUACUAUUGACGCCCAAAGAUUGGCCAAAAUAUAAAUUUGGACAAAGUGCUAAUAAAGAAUUUUUUAAAAGAUGUAAAGAAUCUACAGAAUUUCAUUUUGACAAUAUUGAAACACAAUUUGAGGCCAUUGAAAACGAUUUUCUAGCUGAGAGUGAUGGUGUAAUUCCUGUUAAAGAAGUAAGCCGCUUUGACAUUACGUGCAUUUCACUACCGCUCUUACUACUUCCAUCAAAUGUAGACUGUUUUUCAGACCCAACCAUUCAAGAAAAUAUUUUGUGUCGAAGAGGUGAAUCUGUGUUAAAAUGUAUAAAAGGAUUUAUGAUGGAGAAUUCGCGGAUACCAAAGCGUAAAGCUGAUAAAGAAGAAGAAACAAAAACUGUACAAUUUUUAUUGCCAAAAAAUGCUAAUGAACAACAAUUUAAUUCGCAAAGACAGUGGCUAAUAGAUACUUUUGGAGCGAAUUAA